AUGGCGCCCAGCUUCGGCCGCUCCAUCUCCUUCCAACUGAGCCCAGCGCGCGCCAUCACCCAGCCCCGCGCCGCGGCCGCGCGCCACGUCCGCUCCAUCAGCCUGCCGCCGUGCCGCUCCCACUCCCACCCGCUCCUGGCGCACCUGCAGGCCCAGACCGCCGCCGCCCGCGCCUGGGCCACCUCCGCCUCCACCUCCCCAUCCACCGGCCUCACACUUAUCGACGCGCUCCACGCCGCGCUCGCCGAGCUCCUCCUCCUCCCAGAACCCCAGACCUUGGUCCGCCGCGCCUGCGCCUCAUCCGACCCCCUCCUCGACGCCUUCGUCCUCCUCGCCGACGCGCACCGCGGGUUCCAGGAGUCACUCCUCGCGCUCCGCCGCGACGCGGCCGACGCCCGCGCUGCCCUCCGCAGGCGCGACGCAGCCAGGCUCGCCUCCGCUGCGCGCGCCCAGCGCAGGGCCGAGAAGGACCUCGCCCGCCUCGCCGCCGCCGUCUCCUCCUCCGUCGCCAGGUCCGCCCGCCUGGCUGCGCUCGGAUCAGCCACCGCCACCGCCGAGGAGGCCGAGAUGGCCGCCGCGCUCAUGGACGCCGCGGCGGCCAGCGCCGCGGCAUCCGCCGCCGUGUUCUCGGCCGUCGCGUCCGUGUCUGCCGCCACAUCCUCCAGCAAGAAGGCCGCGACGACCUUCGCUGCUGCCUUCGCCAAGAAGCCGGAGACGGCCGAUGUGGCGCCGGAGAAGCUUGAGGAGCUUGAGCGAUGCAUUGACGAGUGCGAGAGCGGCAGCGAGGUGGUGUUCAGGAGCAUUGUUCGGACUAGGGUUUCGUUGCUCAACAUCCGUACUCCGGCGAUCUAG